GCUGUCAAGGGUAACGGCGUCUGUCAGCCCCAUCCGGCCAAUAGUAGCGCAGCGCGAGGCGGACCAGAGGGGCGCGCGCCUCGGCGUUCUCCUGCUCGGCGCUGGGGAGCCGCCUGUGGCACAAAAGUGAAAAGUGAGUAAGGGGCGCUUCUGCUGCCCCCCCACCAACAGCAACCUCUUCAAAACCAGCACCACCGUCGGCUCUCGCGAACCUCCUGCUCUCAGCUAUGGCGGCCACGGCGUCCGACCACUACGGCGUCCUCACGAGCAGCGUCUCCGUCGCGCCCUCGGAGACGGUGAGCGCGCAGCAGGCGCCGUCCUACGGGGACGCGGCGCAGAGCCUACUGCUCCAGAGCGAGUACGCCACACUGCAGAACAGCACCAACGCGCUCGGACACGCGCACCAGUGGCUCGCGGCGCUUUCACAUCACGGAGAAGGGUCGCCGUGGUCAUCGAGCCCGCUCGGCGAGCAGGACAUUAAGCCUGCGUUGCAAGGGGACGCGGACGAGCUCCGGCACUCGCCCGCUUUGCAGCAGCAGCAACAGCAGCAGCAGGCGCGAGCUGCUCAAUUGGUACAUCCGCACGAGGGCGCGCAUCACCACCAGGUGGCGGCGGCUUGGAGGGCGACGGGCGCCGCGCACAUGGCCGCGGGCAUGACUGCGUCCAACCGACAGGGCAUGAUGUACUCGCAGCCCGGCUACGGCGCUCUGACAGCGGACGACGAGCACGGCGCGCACCGGCACGCCCUGAGCGGGGACGCGCGCGACGAGGACGAGCACGGUCUUUCGCACGGACUGCGCCACGGUCACGAGCACUCGGACGACGACGUGCCCACGUCCGACGACCUAGAGCACUUCGCCAAACAGUUCAAGCAGCGGCGCAUUAAGCUGGGCUUCACGCAGGCAGAUGUGGGCCUGGCGCUGGGCACGCUCUACGGUAACGUGUUCUCGCAGACUACCAUCUGCAGGUUCGAGGCGCUGCAGCUCAGCUUCAAGAACAUGUGCAAGCUAAAGCCGCUGCUGAACAAGUGGCUGGAGGAGGCGGACUCGACCUCGGGCAGCCCAACCAGCCUAGACAAGAUCGCGGCGCAGGGCAGGAAGAGGAAAAAGCGCACGUCAAUCGAGGUGGCCGUCAAAGGGGCGCUCGAGAGCCACUUCCUCAAGUGCCCGAAGCCCGGGGCGUCCGAAAUCAACUCCCUGGCGGACAGCCUGCAGCUGGACAAGGAGGUGGUCCGAGUGUGGUUUUGCAACAGGCGGCAGAAGGAGAAGCGGAUGACACCGCAGUCUGGAGCACUUGCUGAGGAUAAGGACUCCUACGGCGACACCCCGCCGCACCACGACGACCGGACGCCGGUGCCGUGACUUUCGAGAGACAUGAGGGGGUCCGACGCGAACGAGACCGAGUGUUAUUUGUUCUGUUAGCGGCGGAGGGAAACAGAAAAGAAAGGAGAAAACAAAAACGAGAGGGGUCCCAAAUGACACCCGUGAGGGAUGCCAGAGUUUUGUUACUAAACAGUGCCAGAGGAUUGUGGCGCCGUCGCUUCAAGGAAACGCUGCAGGUGCGAGUUCUUGGAAGCUAACAAACAAAAUACUUCAUUGAAGAAGGUGAAGCACCAGGAGGCGCGACACAGCUCAGCUGAAGCGAAAUGUUGGGGAGAGAUCGGCCAGCACGCCAUUUUCCGCGUCAUGGCCGUAAAAAGUGUUAGUACUGAUGCAGGGUCUGCCAUUGCAUUUUACCCCCAGCUGAUAUUAUUAUUAUUAUUAUUAUUAUUAUUAUUCGUUAAUGUUGAAUUAUUAUUGUUAUAUACAAUCUAUUCAACUUCUGACUGUGUUUCAUUCGACAGAAUGUUUGCACAUCAGUACUGUAGCUUGCUCUGCAGUUUCUCACAUUUUAUCUUAACAAUGGCAGUCUAGUGCUGGUGGUCUGCGCUGUCUGCCCACCGAGUCCAGUCUCAUGCAGAUCACGGACUCGGCCUGCUCUACAAACUAGAAACCUCUCAAAACCUCUUUUGAUGUGCAGCAAUUUUACACACUGCAGUGAGCGUUCAGAUCAACACGCCAAAGCCACUGAGCAGCAACACAGACAUACACAUCUGCAGAGGAGAUGCGAGGGACAGACGCGGCAGGAUAAUAUUUAAAGUCAGUGUCAGGUUUGGACAGCAGGUUUAUUACUGUUUCAAAUUAUUGCUCGCCAACCAACAGAUCUAGGCAAUUCAUGAAAGUCAUCUGUUGCCACGAUUUAAAACAUUGUUGGUUCUGAUUGUUUUACCAACCAGAUUCUGACCUUUCUAUUUGUAAACGAAAUUUUAAAAAGUGUUCUUCCACUAAUGUAGGAUAUAAUAAAUAAUUACUACAGGUACUUAAGUAAUAUACUAAAAGAUAACAUAAUAAUAACAAGCUAUAAUAAUAAAAAUAAUAAUAAUAAUAAUAAUAAUAAUAAUAAUAAUAAUAAUAAUAAUAACAAUAAUUACAUUAAUAAUUAUUAUUAUAAUAAUAUAAUAAUAUCACCAGAACAGCAGCAGCAACAACAACAACAACAACAACAACAAUAAUAAUAAUAAUAAUAAUAAUAAUAAUAAUAAUAACUUUUGAGCAGGUGUUAUUGCCUUAUGAUUUGAAAUGUUCUGCUUAUAAUAAUACGGGCAGUACCAUCUCAGUGUAAAGAUCUAUGUUUGUUUGUGUUUUGUAUGUCUUUCUCUUUCUCAACCUGAACUGUUGAUUGGACCGUUGCUGUGAGCCUGUCUGCCUUGUCUUUAGCUUUUGAAGGGGAACUGUCCAGCAGCAGCUGUGUGGUUAGUGGACUGCUUACAUACGAUCACAAACACUGCUGAUGUGAGAGACACUGGGCAGUGUUUUUCAGCGGAUAAGAGUUUAGCUUGUUCUCCUCAUCCUGGUGCCAAAGCACAAAAUCCACUGUUGCUCCAGAUCCCGUUCAGAAGAGCAGCGGACACACAGACGUCUGACUUGCUAUUUUAAAAAUAUCAUUUUUGUUGUCAUUAAAAUGAACACUUGCCUUUUUACAACAGACACUCCGUUUAUGAGCGAGUGUGUUUUGUAAGCCUUUUCCUUGCAGCUCGACUGUAGAGUAAAACCGAGCAGGGCUGAAUUCC